AUGGGAGAUCCCGAACAGCGAACAAGCUACAGGCCACUCAAAUCAGCGCUCCACCUCCCCGAGACCUGUCGCCAGAUCUACAACGAAACAGCUACCUUAGCAUACCGCCUCAACGUCUUUGUACUAAAUAGCCCAAUAGUCGAGGUCGAGUCCAGGGGCAAUCUGUUCAGCACGUCCGCACAUAUGCUUGCUAUUCAGACAGUCCAGCUGCGUGAAUACGAGGUAGAAUCUUUGUUACGUCACCUGCAGGUCGGCGACGCGAAUGUCUUUACUGGACUCUCUGGCUUACGGCGACUCGAGAUUGUGCGGACCAAGCCCAAGAUUAGGCGGCAGCGGAUAGGGAUACUAGGUCAGCAGCCUCCGGUUCAGCAGCCUCCGGUUGAGCAACGUCUUCGGGCAUAUGAGGAGUUUAAGGACCUCGAGAUAGUGUGGCUGGCACAAGGAGGGUAA